AGUGUGAAACCAAGAAAGCACUACAAAAAGUCCUAAAAACUCCAAACCCACGAACCCAUAUCUUUUCAUCACUCGCUACUCUCUUUUCCCUCACACUCUCUCUCUCUCUCUUUCUAUUAAACUCUCUCUUUUAGUCCAAAACUUGUAACCAAUUCAAUAACCAUGGGAGUGAGCAACAACAUAACAGCAAUACUGAACUUCAUAGCCUUCCUAGCCUCCAUCCCCAUCAUAGCCGCAGGCAUAUGGCUAGCUUCAAAGCCAGACAACGAGUGCACCCACUACUUCCGAUGGCCUGUGGUCAUCCUAGGCUUUCUCAUCCUCCUCGUCUCUCUGGCUGGCUUUGUCGGUGCUUACUGGAACAAGCAGGGUCUCUUGGCUUUUUACCUCAUAUGCAUGGCCAUUCUCAUCGCUCUCCUCCUUAUCCUCCUUAUCUUCGCCUUCACUGUCACGCGCCAAGAUGGCUCCUAUUCUGUGCCUGGUAGAGGCUACAAGGAGUACAGGAUUGAUGGGUUCUCACAGUGGCUCAGGGACCAUGUAACCAGUUCUGAUAAUUGGGGUAAGAUUAGGUCCUGUUUGGCUGAGUCUAAUGUUUGUGCUAGGCUUACCCAGAAUUACAUCACUUCUGAUCAGUUCUUCUCUGCUAAUAUCUCUCCUCUUCAGGCAAGAUGUUGUAAACCUCCAACAGCUUGUGGGUUCAAUUAUGUGAACCCAACAUUGUGGGUAAACCCAGCGAACCAAUUGGCUGACCCAGACUGCCUCUUGUGGAGCAAUGACCAGAGCUUACUGUGCUAUAAUUGUAACUCCUGCAAGGCUGGUCUGUUGGGGAACCUGAGAAAAGAAUGGAGGAAAGUCAAUGUGAUUCUUAUUGUGGCAGUGGUGGUGCUCAUAUGGGUCUAUGUCAUUGCCUGCAGUGCCUUCAAGAAUGCCCAAACUGAGGACCUUUUCCGCCGCUACAAACAGGGUUGGGUUUGAUCUUGGUCCCAAACACAUUCCCACUUGUCAUAGGUGUUGGUAUUGGUUUGUGUUCUUUUCUUAAUCCUUUGAUGAAAAGUGUCUUUUUCAGUUUUCACCACCAGUGUAUAUAUUCCUCUGUUCUUUUCUAUCUAGAAUGAAACAUAGAGUGAAAAGCAAGUUGGGAAAAAAGAGUUUGCAAAUCCUGAGUAGUGACUAUUUUAUGUAAUUUUCUGUUGAAAAUGAGAAUAGAAUCCAAAUAAUUAGCUUUC